GAAAAUUACCCCCAUCUGACUCAGAGUUUUCAUCUGCUGUUGCAGUUUUACAUCAGUAUGGAAUGGCUCACAUAAUUAAAGAGUGGUUUAUAAAUUCAUUUCAAGAAGAUAUGCAAAAUGUGAUAAUACCAGAAUUUUGGAAAUGUUUCAGAAACUGUGAAAGAGGCAAAUUUUGGAAAUUUCCUUAUGCAUUAAAUCUUCUUUACAACUGUUUGCAGUCAUAUUUUCCAGCAGUUAUUAAACUACAGUCUCUGCAAGAAAACUUACUGCUUCAAGUACAUGCACUACCCCCUGAUGCUCAGAGAAGUGUGGAAGCUGUGAAAGUGUCUGUAAUGGAUGAAUUUUUUUCUGUUGCCAGAUGCUUACUUUUUGCAAAGUGGCCUGUAGAUUUUAGAGCUGUGCUUGUAGAUUUUUAUACCCAGGCAUUUAAAGCAUAUCAGUCUAAGUUCAAAUUAAUUAAAGAAGAAGAAUCUGAACCUACUUUGCAGUGUUGUUAUUGUGAUAAUAGUACAGAGGCUUGUUGUUGUCAGGAAUAUUUGGAUGAAUUUUAUGCUGGAACUAACAAAUUGUAUGAAUUACAAUUCUUCCAAAUGGCUGUUGGAGAUGUUCCUAUAAAUGUUGCACAAGAUGUUGUAGAAAAAUAUAUACAAGAUUCUUGCAAAGGAAAUUUUGAAAUUCCUCUGUUAAAGAUCUUGAGAUUAUGGCUAGACAACACAGUUAUAUCGUGGCUUUCAUCAUUCUAUUGUGGAAUAAAAGGUGAUGACGAUCAUGUCAGUAAAUUGUUGUCUGAAUAUAAGGAACGUUUGCUUAAUGUUCUUUAUGAAGCAUUUGCUGAUGUUCGUAUGGAUCAGUUAUUUGAUAUCAUCAUUGAGUUUCCUGAAUCUCAAGAUGCCUUAGAAGACUUAAAAGAAUGCUUAGCAAUAACUAAUAUGAGAUCCAAACUUAUAAGUUCUUUGAAAUCAUCUUUGGAAACUAGAUUGUUACAUCCAGGUGUGAAUACGUCUGACAUAUUAACAGCUUAUAUUUCGGCUAUUAAAGCUUUGAGAGUAUUGGAUCAUACUGGUGUAGUCUUACAAGUAGUUAGUGAACCAGUGUGUAAAUAUUUACGGUCACGAGAGGACACCGUUCGAUGCAUCAUAUCCAGUCUUCGGGAAGACAGCUGUGGAGAGCUAGCUUGUGAAUUAAUGAAGGGAGUUCCUUUGAAGUUGGAGGACACUUAUCAAAGUGAUGAAGAAGUUGAUGACUGGGAAAAAUGGUGCCCAGAUCCAGUUGAUGUUGACCCUACCAAAACUUCUGAAAGUCAACGAUCGUCAGAUAUCAUUGGAAUUUUAGUGAACAUAUAUGGAAGCAAAGAACUGUUUGUAAAUGAAUACCGCAGUUUGCUUGCUGACAGAUUACUUACGACAUUCUCCUAUAACACAGAGCGUGAAAUCCGGUAUCUUGAGCUCCUGAAGUUAAGAUUUGGAGAAUCGCAGCUGCAUUUCUGUGAAGUGAUGUUGAAAGAUAUUGCUGACUCCAAGCGUAUCAAUACCCAUCUUAAUUCAGAGGAAGUGAAAAAUCGUGAGCAGUGGGAUUUUCCUAUGAAUGCUAUGAUUUUAUCUGCUCAAUUUUGGCCUUCUUUCAAAGAAGAAAAGUUAAGACUUCCAGAACAUAUUUGGCAAAAUCUAAAAAAAUAUACAACUGAAUUUGAAGCAUUAAAAGGUAACAGAACACUUGUCUGGAAACCACAUUUAGGGACUGUAGAUUUAGAAAUUGAAUUGAAAGGAAAAACCCUUAAUGUCUCUGUGAGUCCAGUUCAUGCAACGAUUUUGUGGCAUUUUCAAGAAAAGUCUCGAUGGACUAUAAAGGAGCUGAGCACUGAAAUGCAUAUGCAGGCAUCAGCAUUACGGCGCAAAAUAACUCUGUGGCAGAGUCAUGGGAUAUUGCAUGAGGAAGAAAGUGAUGUCUUUGUUUUAUUAGAAGACCAGAAAACAUCAACCCGAGAUUCAGUUGUGCCAUUUGGAGAAGAAGAAGAAUCUGUCACAGCAUCUUCCCAAGAUAUGAAAGAAGAAGAACUUCAGACUUUCUGGUCAUUUAUUGUGGGCAUGUUGACUAACAUGGAAUCUCUGCCACUUGAACGAAUUCACAGUAUGUUGCGAAUGUUUGCUCUACCAGGUACUAGUACAAAUGAAUGCUCUAUACAAGAUAUGAAGCAGUUUUUAGAAAAAAAAGUAAGAGACAGGCAAUUAGUUUGCACAGCUGGCAUGUUCAAACUUCCAAAAUAUGAUUCUUGAAAUGCACGAUUAAUUUGAUUUAUUUAUAUUUACUGUAUAUACUUUUUCUAUUAAAAUUAAAAAUUAUAAUUACUUGUA